AUGAAAGAAGAAGAAGAAGAAGAAGAAGAAGGGGAGGAAGAAGAGGAUGAAGAGGAAGAGGAAGAGGAUGAGGAAGAAGAAGAGGAUGAGGAAGAAGAAGAAGAAGAAGAAGAAGAAGAAGAGGAAGAGGAAGAGGAAGAAGACGAAGAAGAAGAAGAAGAAGAAGAAGAAGAGGAAGAGAAAGAAGAAGAAGAGGAAGAGAAAGAAGAAGAAGAGGAAGAGGAGGAGGAGGAGGAGGAGGAGGAGGAAGAAGAAGAAGAUGAAAAGGAAGAGGAAGAAGAAGAAGAAGAGGAAGAGGAGGAAGAAGAAAGUGAACGAGCUCAGUCGGAGAAAGCUCAUAAAUCCCGCGGACUCCAAAUUUCUGACUCCCAACGACACCCGUAUCGCACAUGCUUAUAG